UUUUCAGUGCCCUUAUAACGUUGGAGGGUCACUAGAUGAACUGUUGUAAGUCGAGGACGACCUGUAGAGUCAUCCACCCACACACAAAGUCUUUGUGGCUGCUUUGCGGGAUUAAAACCAAUGUUUUAUGCGUAGGUAUAAAAAAGAAAUGAAGAGUAGCUCCGGUUUUGCUCUUUUCUAAGGACUUGGUGAACCUAUCUGUGUCAUAUCCUGGGCAACAAUAUUGAAGUGGUUUGCCGUUAGUUUUUUCCUUUACUCCAAAAGUUACUUUUAGGGUUAGGGUUGGAAUAGAACCACGUUUAUCAUUUAUUUAAUCUGGGUAGGCACCAAUUUCAAAUACAUGACUCUAAGAGUCAUUUACAAUGUUAAAAUGAAUAAAAAUAUAUACAUAACACAGCUGGGAAAAUAAUGAAAAGACAUUAACACGAUCAGGAGGCAGGCACAGAAUCAGGUCUUCAAGGCUUUGUGGCCAACAGAGUUGGGGCCAGUCUAAUCUCUGGAGGGAUGAUGUUCCAGAGGUCGGGCAUCAGGUAACAGUAGCUCUGGUUUCUAUACAUGUCAGAACAAUCACGGAACAAUCAGCAGCCAUACUAUACUGACUGCUAUGCAGAGAAGUAAUUGAUCUUGAAACCUAACUAGAGGUCACAUGCUCUGAAUAGGAGAAAGGUUGGUGUGACUGCUCUGGUAUGUGUUGAAACUGACUUAUCAGUUGGGAAUUCUCCAUGCAGUAACAAAGCUGGCUGUGCUCUCCCAUUAAUAGCAUUGCUGUGUAAUGACAGCAGUUGUCGUAAAAAGGGAAUUGUCAUACCCUUAGUAAGUUCAUGGCGGUGCAUAUUGAUUGACUUUACAUCAGGACUGUCAAACUUACGGCCCGCGGGCCAGAUGUGUCACGCGCUGGCCACGCCCAUGCCCGGUUUAGGGAAGGAGGGGAAAAAAGUCCCAAUGCGUCACGAGACACCACCGUGACGAUGCAAGUUUGACACCCCUGCUGUACAUGGAGGCUGCUGUAACUCUGGCUAGUUCCCUCAUUUUACACAGGUCCUGCUAACUCAGCAGCUUCCCUGACCUAAUAGCACUUGAAAGAGGGAAAGGGAUGGAGGAAACAAGCAAAGAGGACUAUAAAAUAUAUUCAUUUGAUUCAGAAGUUCAGCAGUUACUGAAAACAGCACUCAAAGAUCCCAGCAGCGUGGAUCUGGAGAAAGUGGCCAAUAUAAUUGUGGACCAGUCCUUAAAAGAUUGUGUAUUCAGUAAAGAGGCAGGGCGCAUCUGUUAUGCCAUCACUCAGGUGGAAAGCAAACAAACAAGCCAAAGUAUCUUCCGGCGGUGCCUUCUCAACCGACUGCAGCAAGAGUAUAAGGACCGUGAUGAGUUGCGAGCCCAUUCCCUCCAAGCCUGGAUCUGCUAUGUCACUUUUAUCUGUAACAUCUUUGACUACCUGAGGGUCAACAAUAUGCCCAUGAUGGCAUUGGUGAAUCCUGUUUAUGACUGCCUCUUCCGAUUGGCACAGCCUGAUAGUUUGCAGAAAGAGGAAGAGGUGGACUGCCUGGUGCUGCAGCUGCACCGCAUUGGUGAGCAACUCGAAAAGAUGAACAGUCAGAGGAUGGAUGAGCUCUUUUCCCUUCUGCGUGAUGGAUUCCUUCUGCAAGAGGGUCUCAGCUCUCUGUCCCAAUUGCUACUCCUGGAGAUCAUUGAGUUCCGGGCCACUGAUUGGAAAAUGACAGCAGCAGCCCAGAAAUAUUAUUACAGUGAGGUCACCGACUGAACACUUGAAGCACCAGCGAAGCCUGCAUUCGCACCAUUUUCACCAGCAAACUUUACACCAAAGCUGCAACUUACAUGGUUUUUUUUUUUUAAAUUCCUAGCCCUUUUGUUAUAGAACAUGUGCCCUGCUCCUUUGUGCCAAGGAACUGCUGCCUAAAACUGAGGAGCUGAGAGAACACUUAAAAAAAAGAAAGUAGCAGAUACUUGGCCACUGCUGCUCCUGUUGUAUUGCACUAAAUACUGGCUUGUAUUAUGUCCUUUUGCAGGCUAGGCUAGUAUUUUACAAAGGGAGGUUUUCUCUCCCUUAUUUUCCAUUUAGCAACAUAAAUGGCAGGUUUUAAAAACUAGCCUAGGAAUAAUUUCACAUAAACUUCAAAGAAAUGCCAACUCUUUCUGUUCUGUAUUGGCAAAGCUUGUUUCGCUUAAUAUUUGGUAACUGGCCUGUUUAUCCUUUUUUGAAAAAGGAAAAUAAUUCUGUGAUCAAAGCUCAAGUGUUAUUUGCUUCUUUGUAACCAAGCUUUCUCCAAUGGAACUAUUAAUCACUCUGAAAUCCAAGCAGUGCCCAGACAAGACUAGUCUGAAAUCAAAAUGUUUCUUUUCUCCUCAACUAUAGGAAACUAGUCUGACAAGGAGUGGUUAAUAUUGCAUAAUAAGGGAGAUUUUGAUGGACAACCUUAUCACUUCCAACCAGCAUAUAAAAUGGCAUAAUCCAAGAAGGGCUACUUUGAUAGUUACGGUAAUCCUUUCCCAGCUAAAUGCAAAAUCUAUCACAAUAAAAAGGAUUAUUUUAUGGGGAAAAAAUAGGAUGAGAAAGGAGAGUUUCUCUCUCCCUUUUCCACCUCCCCCUUAAGCAAAACUUAAUUAAACAUGGUAAUUAAACAUGCAAUUUAGAUUCCUUAAAGGCUACAGAGUUCUCUCCUUGAAUAAAGGGGCAAAUAUUUUUAUUAAUGUGGGUUUCUUCAACACAAUACCUUCCAGGUGUGAAUUUUAACCCUAUGGAAGUUCAAAUCCAAAGCAUCUGAUGGGCACCAGAUUGUGGAAGUCCAUCAGAGUAUGCGCUAAGAAGCUACUGCCCAUGAAUCCUUGAGGCUUCAGAAGGAUAGCUCUGGUUUCUAUCUGACACUGCAACAGCACUUUUUUUUAAAAAAAGAGGCUAUCAUUGGGUACUUUAAUCUUUCUCCAAGUAUAGGAAAAUACUAUGCAAAUAUUUUCCGCUUGCAGCCUUCAGCUUCCUUCCAAGCUAGGUCAGAUUUUAGCUAAGGUGGCAUCUUCUGCCUCCAGAAGAUGCCACAGCAGAAUUAGCUCUUUUGGGGAAUAGGUAACAAUUUAUUUCAUAACAUUUCUCUCCAACAAUACUUUAAACCAAUGUACUGUAAAUUUAUCUUAAGAGAAUUGGUUCUGUUUGGAACUUUUAUAAAAUAUUUUACACUUC